UCGACGAACACGAUGACAUCUAAUAUCCUCCAGAUCCCAUUUCGGCGUUCACACCCAGUCUCCCUAUCCGAUGCCAUCACACAGUACAUUUCCUCAAAAUAUGACCAACGUCCGGAUAUGUUCGCCGAAGAUCUCCUGAUCAUCGACCGGCUACGCAGUGAAGCGAUUAAUGUUCAGGAGGCACAUGUCAGCGGGAUCAGUCGGCUUGUUACGUAUGCUGCGCAGCUGAAAUGGCUAGGCGGGAAAUUCCCAGUCGACGUUGGCGUGGAAUUCCCAUGGUACCCGGCUUUCGGAUUCAAUACCUCGAGACCAAUCUCGCAGAAUAAUAUCCGAUUUGAACUCGCCAAUAUCAUAUAUAACCUCGCAGCCCUUUACUCGCAGCUCGCGUUCUCCGUCAAUCGAACAACUGCCGACGGACUAAAACAGGCAUGUAACUACUUCUGCCAGUCUGCGGGAGUUCUGGUCCACCUACGAUCCGACAUUCUACCCGAUCUCCGUACAUCUCCACCGGAAGACAUGGACGAGAUGACCCUUCAAAGCCUGGAACAGCUUCUUCUAGCGCAAGCCCAGGAAUGUUUCUGGCAGAAAGCCGUGAAGGACGGGCUGAAAGACGCCUCGAUUGCUCGACUAGCUGCGAAAGUUUCAGACUUCUAUGCCGAUGCGGGAGAUCAUGCCGUUAAGUCGAACGCAAUCAGUCCGGAGUGGAUUCAUCACAUGACCGCUAAACACCAUCACUUCGCGGCGGCGGCACAGUAUCGACAGUCAUUGGAUUGUUUAGAGAAACGCAAAUAUGGCGAGGAGGUGGCACGGCUAAAGGACAGCGAGCUCUGUGUGAACGAGGCACUGAAGGAGUCGCGCUGGAUUAAUCGUACAGUACUAGGGGAUCUGCAAGGGCUCAAGAGCCGCGUCACAGAGGAUUUGAAGCGCGCGGAGAAGGAUAAUGAUAUCAUCUAUCUGAACCCCGUGCCACCGAAGUCGGAGCUGAAAUUGAUCGACCGCGCAUGCAUGGUGGCCGCGAAAGCACCGUCGCAGGUAACAGAUGCGAUCUCAUUGCUUGGGCAAAACGGGCCUUUGGGCCAGCCUCUAUUUACAAAAUUAGUGCCUUACGCGGUGCAUAUUGCGGCCAGUAUCUACUCCGAUCGGAGGGAUAGACUGCUCAACGAGACCAUAAUUGGAGAAUUGGAAACCAUGACGGACAAGUUGCGCGACCUGCUGUCAUCCUUGAAUCUUCCAGGCUCCCUGCAGGCACUCGAGAAGCCGCUGGGACUACCCCCGACUCUGGUCUCUCACGCAGAAGAGAUGCGCCAGCAGGAUGGCCUGUACCGGUUGCGUAGGUCUCUUGAGGAUACAGCCAAGGUUAAGGGCAACGACAGAGCGGUAUACACCGAAGGAGUGGAGCUUCUUGCCGCCGAGAAGGCAGAAGAUGACGCAUCGCGCCGAAGGUAUGGCACCGAUCGGUGGACACGUGCAUCGUCCGAGGAAGCAGCUUCUAAGCUCUACACGACAUCACGGGAGAUCGAAGGGUACUUUACGUCAGCUCAGAGCAGCGACAACCUCGUGGAACAGAAGCUGAGAGACUCGGAGGCGGUGUUUCGCGUCUUGACUGGCACAAACCGGGACCUGGAAAUGUACGUUCCCAGCAGUCGACGGGGUGCGAUUCCGCCUGAGGUCGAGUGGGAGGUGACACGACUGCGUGGAUGCUUGAGCGAGGUAAGCCGACUGGAAAGCCGUCGAAAGCGACAGGUGCAAGCUUUGAAGGACAAGGCGAGGGCGGAUGAUAUCAGCCAGGCACUGAUCAAUGAGACUGCACGCUUGGAACGCCAGUUUCCUAUGCAGCCAAUUCAAGCCAGUCAAUUCGAAGAUCUGUUUGAAGAGCAGCUCCGCCUCUAUGAUACCGAUUUGCAAAUGGUAGCGGAGGAGCAGCAGGAACAGGACCAGCUCGCAGCGCGAAUCUGCGAGGCUAACCGAGCCUUCUCACGCGCGCAUACGGGUGAUGCAUCGACAAAGGAGCGGGAACGUGCCUUGCAGGAAUUGGAGAACGGAUACUUGAAGUAUAAGGAGAUUAUCUCCAACAUCGAAGUCGGCCGAAAAUUCUACAACGACUUGGCCAAAAUCGUCGGACGGUUUCGCGACGAUUGUAAGGCUUUUGUGCACAAGCGGAGGAUGGAAGCUAGCCAGAUAGAAGGAGAUAUCUCUAGUGCCGCCGCAAUGGCGACAUUGAACAUCUCUCCACCUAUUCGUCAGCAGCAGCAGCAGCAGCAGCCAUCAUAUACAUCACCAACCCCGACCAGCCAGCAGUAUAAUCAAACUCCACAGCAGGCAUACAACCCAGCACCUGUAACCCUACAACAACCAGCCCGGCAGACAUACACCGCACCCGCUCCCAUCCCGGUAGCAAUCCCAACUACACCGCAACAGCCACUUCCGCAGCCGCUCCGCGCGGAACCCAUGACUGCGCCGCAACCGACCCGGGCCAAUGCGCGACCCCCAAUGACACCGGGGAUGUGGACGCCGGAGGUGGGCAUUCGAUUUGGAGCUGCCGGCGGGGCAGGAGGGACGUGGGAUCCGAGUAAGGGAGUGAAGUUCUCCUAGGAACAUACAAUCAUUUUUAACAUAUCGGGUCAAAAUAUCGGCCCAGAUCAUAGAAUCUCUCUGUCUCUUCUUACGGGAAAAGGAAAUGCAUUAAUCUGUGACGUUAUACGACCCAUAUACAUACGACCCAGUGCCAAAUUGUGUACAUAUGCUAUUCUCGUCUACCACCGAAGCUGUAAUUUUCGUGAUUGGCGAAGCAGCGGAAAACAUUGCAGUCAUAGGCCCAGCUGGUGGAACUGGAUACAUCUCCAGUGCUCCACUAUAUGAGCCUAGCCGGAAAGUGUUUCAGUGCCCAACUGACGCUACACAUAGUGUUUCCUGCCUGUUAUUCAAAGUGAGGAUCUGGUCGCCCAGAAAAUUCG